GAAGUGGAUUUGGUAGUUCUACUGCCUUUGAAGACAUAAACGGUGAUGGAUUAGAUGAUUUACUUGUCGGAGCACCUCUUCAAUAUAAUGACGUACUAGAUUCAGGCGUUGUCUACAUAUACUAUGGGGACACAGAUCUAAAUAUACUACUCAGAGUGAGUGGACAAAAGUUACAAGGGAUGUCGAAAUGGGGACGAUUUGGUACAGCACUGCAGUGUAUAGGAGAUAUAAAUAAAGAUGGAUUCAAGGAUGUAGCCAUUGGUGCACCUUAUGAGGAGAACAAUCAAGGAGCUAUAUAUAUCUACCACGGUGGUUAUACCAAACUUACAUACACACAGAAAAUUAAAGCUCAAGAUAUAAGUAGUAACCUACUGUCGUUUGGUUGGUACAUUUCUACUGCUUAUGACAUCGACAAUAACAAUUACCAAGAUUUCCUAGUUGGAUCCUACAUGUCCAAUACUGUUACUGUAUUACGAGGCAGACCUAUUUUAAAGCUUAAUAACACUAUUAAAGUGUUUCCAUCUGAUAUACCUUUGAACUCGUCUGAACUGAAAUGUCGAGAUAAAUUAUACAGACCAUGUGUGACAGUUAGACUGUGCUUUUCCUACACUGGAGUUUCAGUUCCAGAUUCAAUUUUUAUUGAUUAUAACCUAAGCUCGGAUAUUCGGAGAACUUUGUCAACACCAAGUAAUCCAACUCGAGUUCAUCUUUCAUCAGAAACAGAAGAGUUUGAAAGUGGUAACUUAGAAGGAAAAAGAUUUCAAGUUAGAAAAUUGUCAGAAUCAUGUAUGGAGUACUUCGCUAUUGUGACGGCAUUAGACAGACAGUUUUUUGCAUCACUUGAGGAAGAAUUGGUUAUGGAAACAACAUACAAACUUAGUGAUACACCUCUACUGGGAGAAGUCCAACCUGUACUCGAUAAUGAUCUAACAAUCAACAGAGACACUGCUGUCUUUACAACUGGUUGUAAUGGAACAUGUCAUCCUGACCUGCGGAUAGAAUCCACAUUACAUCCACAAAAUAUUAUAUUAGGGGUAACUUCUGAAGUAGAUGUUACCGUUAAAGUAACUAACGAAGGAGAUCUGUCACAUGGGACGCGGAUAAAUAUUGACAUAUCUGACAAUACCAGAUAUAUUGGAUUCAGCCAGCCGACAAAUGAAGUUACUGAGCCUGUAGACUGCAGAAACAUUGUUGACGAAAACAAAGAGACACAUGUUCAGUGUGAUCUCAGAAAUAUAUUAUUGCAGCAGCAAAUAGUCAUCUUUAAUGCUCGCUUUAAAGUGUCACGUGAUUUGUUGAUUAAAGAUGGAGAAAAUCUUGGUAAUUUUGAACAGCAGCUAGUCUUCAAUACAUUAGUAGACGCCACCAGUACCGAUAUGGAUAUUUCGGAUAAUUCUUGGAAACUCAUUGCCAGUGUGAAAUUACAUGUCGGUGUACAACUAAAUGGAAUUUCAAGACCAGAUCAAUUAACUAUCACAGAGAAGGAAAAAGUUAAUUUUGUUCAUACCUUCAAUGUAAAGAAUGAUGGUCCUAGCCCCCUGUAUAAUGGAUCUAUAGAAAUAUGUCUGCCUGUCAUAUCAGAUGUCGGAAUUAGCAUGAUGACAAAAGAAACGAUACAGUUAUCAGGACACAGUUCGAGGAUUAAAUGGCGUGUGGUUGAAUUUGCAGACGAAUUAUUUAAUGGACAUUUUAAUACUGAUUUCCCAACAUCUGAACCCUUUACAAAUCAAGGAUCAACUAUAUCGUCUACCUCUAGUAAUACAACAAAACAAUCUACACAAAGUCAAAGACGUAGAGAAACUAAACAGAUGCUAAAGGAAAUUUCAUGUAACACAGUUGAUUCGAGUAAAUGUGCGAUCAUUGAAAUAAAGAUUGAUUCAUUAGAGAAAGGCGAGACACAUACAUUUGGUGUCCUAGUGAAUAUAUCGAAGGAUUCACUUAAUUUUACAAAGGUGGCUGGUAUAGUUUAUAAAAGUUUAGCUACACUAAAGAGUGAGAACAAUAACAGACAACUCAUCAUCGCUACCAAUUCUUCGAUCAUAGAAGUUUCAAGUGAAAUAUUUCCUACAGAAGUCACAGUAGAUACAGUAGAGUCAAAACAAAUCAAUGUAUGGAUUAUUAUUGGUAGCAGUGUUGGUGCAUUAAUACUCCUUGUUGCACUGGUUGUAGGUCUAAGGAAGUGUGGCUUUUUCAAACGACAGAAGAAAGAACGUGUUGAAGAAUGGAAACGUAAAAGUAAUUAUUAUGAAAAAAGAAAAACUGAGAGAAUUUCAAAAGCUAGAGUUAGGGCAUCACAAGUAGCAGCACUUUAAAACAAGAAAAAGAAAAAAUGUCACUGAAUAAUAUAACUGACCAUUUGCUGAUGUAAAUAAUACCAUCUUGUCAUCACAAUAAUGUCAUUGACUAUACGCUAAUGUUAAUAAUACUAUGUUGUCAUCACAAGAAUGUCACUGACUUUACGCUGAAGAAAUAAUACUAUGUUAUCAUCACAAUAAUGUCAUUGACUAUACGCUGAUGUAAAUAAUACCAUCUUGUCAUUACAAUAAUGUCACUGACUAUACGCUGAUGAAAAUAAUACUAAGUUGUCAUCCCAAUCAUGUCACUGACUAUACACUGAUGUAACUAAUACUAUGUGGUCAUCCCAAAAAUGUCACUGACUAUACGCUGAUGUAAAUAAUACUAUGUUGUCAUCCCAAUAAUGUCACUGACUAUACGCUGAUGUAAAUAAUACUAUGUUGUCAUCCCAAUAAUGUCACUGACUAUACGCUGAUGAAAAUAAUACUAUGUUGUCAUCCCAAUAAUGUCACUGACUAUACGCUGAUGUAAAUAAUACUAUGUUGUCAUCACAAUAAUGUCAUUGACUAUACGCUAAUGUAAAUAAUACUAAGUUGUCAUCUCAAUAAUGCCAUUGACUUUACGAUGAUGUAAAUAAUACCAUCUUGUCAUCACAAUAAUGUCUCUGACUAUACGCUAAUGUAAAUAAUAUUAUCUUAUGGUUGUGGCCUGUUAUCUACUUCUAGCAUGCAACGAUAAUUCUCGUAUCACACUGCACGGAGUGUGAUACAAAAAGUGA